CUUUCCUUUAUUCUUUCAUUCCAUCUUUCCCAUCGAUCAUGGAUUCCAUCUCUGCGCUUGUCUUCUUCAUCGAUAUUGCGACUUGCUGCAGUUAAUUCGAUGUAUGAUCAUUAUCAUCGAGCGCCAUGGAAUCAGAUCAAAGUUGUGGUUUUGAAAUUUCUCCUGGGGGUUCAAAGUAUUGGAUCCCUGAAUGUUCACCUGAAAAGAAACCUCUUGUUGGGAUGAUAUUUGUGAAUCUAGAUGUUGCCUUUAAGUUUUACAAAGACUAUGCAGCUGAGUUGGGGUUUACUAUACGUCAUCAUACAUCAAAGAAGGCGAGAGAUGGGCAUAUUUUGAUGAAGUAUAUUGUAUGUAGUAGAGCUGGUUUUAAGAAUAAUGCUUGUCCUCCUGUUUCGGAUACCAAUGUUGCUGGUUCUGAAGGUUGCCCAACAAAUAGGAAAAGAGUGUCUAAUAGGACGGAUACCAAUGUUGCUGGUUCUGAAGGUUGCCCAUCAAAUAGGAAAAGAGUAUCUAAUAGGAUUGGAUGUAAAGCCAUGUUAACUCUGAAAUAUUCUGGAUUUAAAGGGUACUCAGUUUUUGCAUUUGAACAACGCCACAAUCAUUCGAUGUGCUCUGAAUUAUCCAAACAAUUUCUAAAGGUGAACAGAAAUUUAGACCUUGGACAUCAGAAGUUUGUUUUAAAUUGUUUUAGAGCAAAUAUUGGCACAAUGAAGUCAUAUCGGCUAUAUAAGGAGACUGUUGGGGGAUAUUCUAAUAUUGGUGCUACAGCUGUGGAUUUCAAGAAUUUCAAGCGUGAUCUUAUGGCUUAUAUAGCUGGUGUUGAUGCCCAAAUUGUCAUUGACAAAUUAUUCAGGAAGCAAGAGGUGUCUUCUGCUUUCUUUUUUGACUGUGAUGUGAAUGAUAGUGACCAGUUAACAAGGUUGUUUUGGGCUGAUCCUAUUUGCCGCAAGAAUUAUGCAUUUUUUGGUGAUGUUGUUUCAUUUGAUGCUACCUAUGGAACGAAUAGGUACAAUAUGGUGUUUGGACCUUUUACGGGCGUUGAUAAUCACAGAAAGUGUGUCACUUUUGGAGCUGGAUUAUUAUUGAAGGAGGAUGUGGAGUCAUACGUUUGGCUUUUUACUUGUUUUAUAAAUGCUAUGGGACGUCAACCAACAUGCAUUAUUACUGAUCAAGAUCCAGCGAUGCGUAUUGCCAUUGAGAAGGUAUUUACAUCAUCCAAACACCGCUAUUGUAUGUGGCAUAUUAUGUCCAAAGUCACUCAAAAGGUUGGCCCAGUUUUAAGCAAAAAUGAAACAUUUAUGUCUUCAUUGAAUUCAAUAGUUUGGAGUCAUUACCUUGAACCAUCUCAAUUUGAAGAAAAGUGGAUCUCUCUCAUGAACGAAUACGAAUUGACAAAACGUGAUUGGUUUGUCCAUAUGUUUGAGUUGCGCUAUUGGUGGAUACCUUCUUAUUUUAGAGAUCUAUUUAUGGCUGGAUUACUUCGUACAACAUCACGGUCUGAAAGUGAGAAUUCCUUUUUCCGUGAAUUUACUAACCCACAUUUCAGUUUAAUAGAAUUUUUAAUGCAAUUUGAGAGUGCAAUGGAUGCACAAAGGCAUGCACAAGAUAAAUUGAAUUCAGAGUCAGAGUCCUACCUUCCAGUUUUGAAGACUCCUUUAUCUAUGGAGAAGGCUGCGUCUGAUGUAUUCACACUCGCUGUCUUUUAUGAUAUUCAGUCGGAAUUGUGUUCAGCGUGCUUUUCAUGUCGUGUUUUGCAUGUGCAUGGUGUCGAUGGUGAUUUUGAGUAUGAAAUUUCCGAUGAUCGUAAUUUGGUGUUUAGAGUUGACUUGAGCAUGUCAAAUAUGAAGGCAGUGUGCAGUUGUAGGUAUUAUGAGCGGAUUGGCAUGGUUUGUAGACACAUAUUUUUUGUUCUAAAGGACUUGAAAUUGGAACGCAUUCCGAACCAUUUGGUUAAUAGCAGAUGGUGCAAGAAGGGUCUAGUGAAGCCACUCACUGAAAUUUCGGAUUCCGUAUUAGAACACACUUCAUUGUUGGAGGACAAUAAGAUGUCUGUUAACACUCUUUGGUCUGACAUAUAUGCUUGUAUGGCCCUUGUUGAAAAUAAUCCCAAUUAUUUGAAGCAAUUUUCAGGUAUAAUUAAACAGCAAAAGCAAAUUCUACUUUCUCUACAUGAAGGUGUUGGUCAGUGUUCAACAAAGAAUUCAUUAAUUGAAUCAUUUUAUGGUUCUGGUGUGCCAUCUGAAGUCACUGUUCAUCCCCCGCAUCAGGCGAAAAAUAAGGGUUCUGGACGUAGGCUUAGGUCUUCCAAGGAAGUUUCAAUGGAAGAAUCCCAAUGCCCCAAAAGACUUUGUAGAUCAUGCAAUGAGAUGGGGCAUCACGAUAGUAGAAAUUGCCCUUUAAAUAAAUAGGCUUGCUUGAAGUUAAAGUAUAUGUUUGCAAUUUUUGUUGUUUGACAUUACAAUGACGACUGUCUGUUGGAAAUUAAUAUAGUUUUAUGUUAUUGGUUUUGUAGUGUA